UCGGUGCUGCUGCAGAUGCUGUUCUGUCUCAGUGGGGCCUUUUACAUCCUGUAUUUCCUGGCCACGCUGCUGCUGAUCGUCUACAAGAGUAAGUGCCGGGGUGGUAGCGAUGGAAGUGCUGUCCGUCGGUGGCUGGCCGUGACCCGGUUUCUGCCCUGCUGCCCGGUUUCCGCAGGUCAGGCGUUCAGCUACCCGCCCGCAUCCUUGGUCCUCGACCUGGCUCUGCUGUUGGCGAUGGGCCUUCUGGAGGUGAUUCGGCUCUACCUUGGUUUCUCCUCUCGCCCGCCCGCCCCGCGGACGGACCGACUGGCGGGCGGCACCGACGGGAGGACGACGCGGGACCCGGGCGGCGGGAGCAGCGGCAGCCUGGGCCGGGCCGACAGCACCGCCGCCAUGAGCGCCAAGGACCUGUUCGAGCAGAGGAAGAAGUACUCCAACUCCAACUUCAUCAUGCACGAGACCUCCCAGUACCACGUGCAGCACCUGGCCACGUUCAUCAUGGACAAGAGUGAGGCGAUUGUCAGCGUGGACGACGCCAUCCGGAAGCUGGUGCAGCUUAGCUCCAAGGAGAAGAUUUGGACGCAGGAGAUGCUGCUGCAGGUCAGCGACCAGGCACUGCGGCUGCUGGACAUCGAGUCUCAGGAGGAGCUGGAGAACUUCCCGCUGCCGACGGUGCAGCACUGCCAGACAGUGCUGAACCAGCUGCGCUACCCGUCGGUGCUGCUGCUCGUGUGCCAGGACUCGGAGCAGACCAAGCCGGACGUCCACUUCUUCCACUGCGAUGAGGUUGAGGCCGAGCUGGUGCACGAGGACGUCGAGAGUGCGCUGGCCGACUGCAAGCUGGGCAAGAAGAUGCGGCCCCAGACCCUGAAGGGCCACCAGGAGAAGAUCCGCCAGCGGCAGUCCAUCCUGCCCCCCGCGCAGGGCCCAGCCCCCGUCCCCGUCCACCGCCUCAGCGGGGACGCCCCCCAUAGCCCCAGGAACCGCGUGGGGCCGCUGCCGCCCGGCGAGCCAGGCCACCGCCGCCGGGAGCCCCAGGACGAGGAGCCGCGGGCUGUGCUGGCCCAGAAGAUAGAGAAGGAGACGCAAAUCCUCAACUGUGCCCUGGACGACAUUGAGUGGUUCGUGGCGCGGCUGCAGAAGGCAGCGGAAGCUUUCAAACAGCUGAACCAGCGGAAGAAGGGGAAGAAGAAGGGAAAGAGGGGGCCGGCAGAGGGCGUCCUCACCUUGCGGGCGCGGCCCCCCUCCGAGGGCGAGUUCGUGGACUGUUUCCAGAAAACCAAGCUGGCCAUCAACCUGCUUGCAAAGCUGCAGAAGCACAUCCAGAACCCGAGCGCCGCCGAGCUCGUGCACUUCCUGUUCGGGCCCCUGGACCUGAUCGUCAGCACCUGUGGCGGCCCGGACAUCGCCCGCUCCGUGUCCUGCCCCCUGCUGUCCCGCGACGCCGUGGGCUUCCUGCGCGGCCACCUGGUCCCCAAGGAGAUGGCACUGUGGGAAUCCCUGGGGGACGCCUGGACUCGCCCCCGCUCCGAGUGGCCCCGAGAGCCGCCGGUGCCCGUCUACGUGCCCAGGUUCCACAGCGGCUGGGAGCCGCCCCUGGACGUGCUGCAGGAUGCUCCCUGGGAGGUGGAGGGGCAGGUGCCCGCCCCCGACGGCGAGCCGACCCCCAUGGGCCGACUGUCCUUUCGACACUCUCCGAAGCACAGCCUGGCAUCCGAGCCCACACCCCCAGGAGACGCCAGCUCCCCCCACACUCACAGGGGCUACGAAUCCACGCCCGCCAUGGCCAAGUAUGUCAGGAUCCUGUAUGACUUCACGGCCCGGAAUGCCAACGAGCUGUCAGUGCUCAAGGAUGAGGUCCUGGAGGUGCUGGAGGACGGCCGGCAGUGGUGGAAGCUGCGCAACCGCAGCGGGCAGGCGGGCUACGUGCCUGGCAACAUCCUGGACGAGGUCCAGCCUGGAGACGUGGGCGCCCCCCUGGAGCAGGCUGGUCCAAAAUACUGGGGUCCUGCCAGCCCGACCCACAAGCUUUCUGCAAGCUUCACUGCGAACAAAGAUGAGCUGAUCCACCACAUGGACGAGGUCAACGACGAGCUCAUCAAGAAGAUCAGCCACAUCCGCGCGCAGCCGCAGCGGCACUUCCGCGUGGAGCGCAGCCAGCCCGUGAGCCUCCCGCUCACCUACGAGUCGGGGCCCGCGGAGGUCCGCGCCUGGCUCGAGGCCAAGGCCUUCAGCGCGCGGACGGUGGGGCACCUGGGCAUCCUGACGGGGCCGCAGCUCUUCUCGCUCAACAAGGAGGAGCUGAAGAAGGUGUGCGGCGAGGAGGGCGUGCGCGUGUACAGCCAGCUCACCGUGCAGAAGGCCGUCCUGGAGAAGCAGCAAGGCGGGUCGGAGCUGGAGGAGCUCAUGAACAAGUUUCAUUCAAAGAACCAGCGGAGGACGGACGGGGACAGCUAGACGCUGCGCCCGGCAGAGCCCGCCCGCAGGCCGGCAGCGCCCCGGUGUUGUUCCAGCGUAUGUAUCCUGUAGAGAGGACGCGGCCCGGUGUGGUGCUGGGGCCCAGCUGCCUGCCCUGGCUCGGCCCCCUGCCUCCCCAGCCUGCCUGGCCAUGGUCCCCUGCACCCAUCAAGGCCACCACAGCCAAACCCACGCCUCUCCAGCCUGCCCCCUUGGGCCGAGCUGUGGCCCUCCGCAUGCAGCCCCAGGAGCCUGGGGGGCUUCAGCCUCCUUUGUCCACACGGAGACCCUGACCUGCUAUUCCCACACCCCAUGGCCACUUGCUUCUCCACCCACCUGCACCCGGGAGCACAGUGGGCUCCUGAGCUGCCAGCCCCCUAGGGCUCCACGCUGCCCAGGCGGGUGCCUGGACCCCACGUACUGCCCACGGCGCCCACCCCAGCGAGGAAGAGCCCUGCGCCCACGGGCAGCCGGGGGAGGGGCUCCCGGGCCGGAGGGCUCAGCACGUCCCCCCGGGCGCAGGCUGUCCGCCCUCACCCUUUCGAGGAUCAAGGAUGGACUUGAAAGCUCGCUCAUACAAACAUGGCUUCAGACCCAUCCCCGCAGAGCCCAGGAAAGGAAUCUCCGACCAGGCAUGGGCCCAGCCGGCCCCGCAUGGAGUGGGGGGGCCAGUGGGUCCUGGAGCCCUGGACUCAGGGUCACGCUCAGAGACAAGAGGUGACCAUGGCUCAGAGACCACGUAUCAUUAAACCAGUGUCUCCCAGCAA